UUCGUCUCCAAGCGCUACCAUAAACCCUAGUUUCUCUUCCAGAUUUCUCAAGAAUUCCUUCAAGAUCUCUUCUUUAUUGAGACCUCACCUUCGAGAUGGAUUCGCCAUUGAUGCGUCUUCGUGAGCGCGAGUGGUUCUCUGCUCCGAGUUCCACUCGAUUCUGCGAUCCGGGCGAUAGAUUCAUACCAACGAGGAGUUUGAUGAAUCUUGAUCUCGCUCACUGUUUACUGACAACCAAGGAUCAAGCCAGAACCUCUAAUCAAUCCCCAACCCUCAAUUCAAAGGAGGAGUAUAGGAGGAGAUUGGAAGAAAACUUGACAUUGGAUGAUGAAGGGAAGCCUUUUAGGAUGCUGGUUUUCAAGCCAAGCCCUAAGAAAUGCAAGAAGAGUCUCUUUUUAGCGGAUGAGAUGUUGCAAGAUGAGAAGAAGCCUCCACAAACUCCUCGUUGUAUACCGACGGUAGCAGAUCGAAUAUUGGAUGGACCAAAGAUUUUGGAUGACUAUUAUCUCAACCUGUUGGAUUGGGGCAAGAACAACAUUCUCGCAAUCGCGUUGGGGUCAUCGUUAUAUUUAUGGAAUGCUGCAAAUAGUGAGGUGCAGCUGUUACUGACAAUGGAGAAUGAGGAAGAUUACCCCACAAGUGUCUCAUGGUCUGAUGAUGGGAAAACAUUAGCUGUUGGGUUUGCAAGCUCAAAAAUCGAGCUCUGGGAUGCUGUUGCAUUGUCUAAAGUGAGAGCAUUAGAGGGACCAAGUGACAGAGUUGGAAGCCUUUCUUGGAAUGAAAAGAUCUUGACAUCAGGGAGCCGUGAUACUUCCAUUAUCAACCAUGAUGUAAGAUCAUUUAGCCAAUCAAAGUCCUAUUUUCAAGGACACACGCAAGAAGUAUGUGGUCUGAGAUGGUCAAGCAGUGGGAAUUUUUUGGCCAGUGGUGGCAAUGACAACAUUGUUCAUGUUUGGGAAUCUUCGAAAAUGGGUUCAUCCAAGUUUCUGCACAGAUUUACCGAUCAUUCUGCAGCUGUGAGAGCUCUGGCCUGGUGCCCAUUUCAAUCCCAUCGAUUGGCUUCCGGCGGUGGAACCCUCGAUCAAUGUAUUAAGAUUUGGAAUACUCAGUUGGGAAAGUGCAUCAAAAGUACAAUAACCGGUGCACAGGUUUGUGCUUUGGAAUGGAACAGACAUCAGAAAGAGAUAUUGAGUGCUCAUGGAUACAAUCAAAACCAGCUGAGUUUGUGGACAUACCCUUCAAUGUCCAAAGUUACAGAUUUAAGAGGCCAUACAGCCAGAGUUCUUCAUCUUGCACAGAGUCCAGAUGGAUCAACAUUGGUUUCAGCGGCCGCAGAUGAGACGAUUCGUUUCUGGAAGGUGUUUGAACCACCUUCUUCUUCAACAUUGAGGUCAAGCAUUGAUGAAAGCCACAAUUUCUUUUCUCUGAAAAGAAUGCACAUAAGAUGAACAAAGUGUGUUCAGAAAUACAGAACAAAAAUUUUCUGAUUGCAAGCAACAACAGGUGUUCAGAAAUAUCUACAAAUACAACUCAAUUGAG